CCGCGUCGGCCCAGAAGGAGCGGGCGCCUCUCCGGUCCCCGCCCCCGCGUGCCCCAGCGGUCCCGCUGCCCGCCCGCCGGAGCCGCCGGCGCAUGUGGCGGCGCGCCCUUCCCCGUCCCCUCCGCAGGCGGCCGCAGCCCGGCGCCAGCACCGCCUCGGCGCCCCCGCUGGUCCCCGGCCCGUCCCCGGCGCUGCUGCGGCCGGACGCCGGCCCGGCCGCGAUGCAGGCGCGCGCGCUGCUCCUGGCCGCGCUGGCCGCGCUGGCGCUGGCCCGGGAGCCCCCGGCCGCGUCGUGCCCCGCGCGCUGCGACGUGUCCCGGUGCCCGAGUCCCCGCUGUCCGGGCGGCUACGUGCCCGACCAGUGCAACUGCUGCCUGGUGUGCGCCGCCAGCGAGGGCGAGCCGUGCGGCCGCCCCCUCGACUCGCCGUGCGGGGAAAGCCUGGAGUGCGCGCGCGGCGUGUGCCGCUGCCGCUGGGCGCACGCCGUGUGCGGCACCGACGGGCACACCUACGCCAGCGUGUGCGCGCUGCAGGCGGCCAGCCGGCGUGCGCUGCAGCUCUCUGGGACGCCCGUGCGCCAGCUGCAGAAGGGCGCCUGCCCGUCGGGUCUCCACCAGCUGACCAGCCCGAGGUACAAGUUCAACUUCAUCGCGGACGUGGUGGAGAAGAUCGCGCCGGCCGUGGUCCACAUAGAGCUCUUCCUGAGACACCCCUUGUUUGGCCGCAAUGUGCCCCUGUCCAGCGGCUCGGGCUUCAUCAUGUCGGAGGCCGGCCUGAUCGUCACCAACGCCCACGUGGUGUCCACCUCCAAUGCCGUCUCGGGCCGGCAACAACUCAAGGUGCAGCUGCAGAACGGAGACACGUACGAGGCCACCAUCAAAGACAUCGACAAGAAGUCGGACAUCGCCACCAUCCAGAUCCACCCCAAGAAGAAGCUCCCGGCCCUGCUGCUGGGCCACUCGGCAGACCUGCGGCCCGGCGAGUUUGUGGUGGCCAUCGGCAGUCCGUUUGCCCUGCAGAACACGGUGACCACGGGCAUCGUCAGCACGGCCCAGCGGGACGGCAAGGAGCUGGGCCUCCGGGACUCCGACAUGGACUACAUCCAGACAGACGCCAUCAUCAACUACGGGAACUCCGGGGGACCCCUGGUGAACCUGGACGGAGAGGUCAUCGGCAUCAACACGCUCAAGGUUGCGGCCGGCAUCUCCUUCGCCAUCCCCUCGGACCGCAUCACACGCUUCCUCACGGAGUUCCAGGACAGGCACGCCAAAGACUGGAAGAAGCGUUUCAUCGGCAUACGGAUGCGGACCAUCACCCCGAGUUUGCUGGAAGAACUCAAAGCCAGCGACCCAGACUUCCCAUCGGUCAGCAGUGGGAUCUACGUGCAGGAGGUCGUUCCAAACUCACCUUCUCAGAGGGGGGGCAUCCAAGAUGGCGACAUCAUCGUCAAGGUCAACGGGCGCCCGCUGGCGGACUCGAGCGAGCUGCAGGAGGCCGUCCUGACGGAGUCCCCUCUGCUGCUGGAGGUGCGUCGGGGGAAUGAUGACCUCCUGUUCAGCAUCGCGCCCGAGGUGGUCCUGUGAGGGGGAGCUCUCCCCACGUCGCCGAGUGCCAGAGCCUGCGGCCCAGGACAGGUGCCAGCCGAGAGGUCCCGUCCGGAGCCGCUGCCUCCCACGGGGUCGGGACGAAGGACCACGGACGGUCCUCAGCAGAGCCAGAGGCCUCCUCCUGGCUGUCCAGGGGCAGCGCCGCGGGCAGGGCGUGGCCAGGGACCUGCCUCUCAGCCUUCGGGGGGUCGGCUCCCUCAUCACAAUGCCACGGGGGCAGCCGGAUGUCCCCCGCGUACAGAUGCUCCUGAGGGCCACCCUCCAAGUGCCCGGGAUAUCUAGAACGCUCCUCUGGAGUUCCCUGCAGCCCCCACCUUCUGUCCUACACCCCUGCCUCGACACCUGUCCAUACCUGGGUCCAAACGUCUGACCUACUCCUACACCUACGUCCCCUCCGACUCACCUGCUCUGGUCGGUCCCCGAGCCCAU